CUUGAAAUAACGCUUACAGUCCCUUGAGGUCGUAAGUUUAAGUGACUCCAUUAAUGAGUUGAAUGUCUGAGUCAAAACAGAACCCUUGAAAGCUUUAACAAGAAAAGAACAAAUAAAUGUAUUUUGAUAAUUUAGUUUUCUUAGACUUGAAAUGAAAUUUAACAUGAAGGAGAAGCUGAUGGAGAUGGAAAAAGUUGAUGUUCAACAUGAACUGUCAAGAGAAGAGGAAGAUCUAUUGAAUGAUCUUCAUGAAUGUGUCAGAUGUCCUGAUAGAGUGUUAAAACUGGAAUCCAUGCUGGAAUUAUAUCCUCAGUUAAUCAAUAAACCAUAUGGACACCAGGAAUAUACCCUUCUUCACAGUGCAGUACAAUUUAACAACAAGAAAGGUGUCUCUGAUCUAAUCAAAUUCGGGGCAGAUUUAAAUAAGACCAACCAUGCAGGACAGAUGCCGAUACAUAAUGCCUGUAUUUUGAAAAAUCUUGAAAUAUUAAGGUUACUGCUAGAUGCUGGAGCUAAUGUGCAUGCUCCAAAUAAAAAUGGAGAUCUUCCAAUCCAUCUUGCAGUUGGUGAUCUUCAGCUAGUCAAGAUACUCAAGAUGUACGGGGCAGAUACAUCUGCUACUGGAUAUCUUGGUAACACGUGUCUGCACUAUGCUGCGGAAGCAGAUAAUAUAAAAAGUUUACAAUAUUUUGUUGAAGAGGAAGGAUUAUCUCCCAACCUUAGAAAUAUACUCUCUGAGACCCCUCUUCAUCUCCUGGCCUACAAUAUAGGCUGUGGAAAGCCAGUUGAUUGUGGUGCCUACCUUCUCGAGGAAGGUGGAGACUUGAAUGCUCGAACUGAAUGGGGAGAUACUCCAAUUCACUAUGCAGCUCUUAGGGGUAGCGGGGAAAUUCUGAGAUUUUUAGCUGAGAAGGGGGCUGAUCUGACUCAGGUCUCCAAUAUCAGCCCAAUCCAAGUAUUUGAGAAGUAUGGACUGCCUCUGGAGGAUUCAGAGGAUCUAGGGCUUACCUUGCUCUGUAAGGUAGCCAAAUCCACAUGUAUCGUGAAAACAACUUAUAUUUUGGAUAAAAUCAUGGAAGCCAGGCAUCAGGUGAAAGUAAAUGAAUACUUGAAGAACCUCCAGGAAGUCAAGGCAAGAAAAGUUAGAAAGGUAAUUUAUUAAUAUAUAAAAAUAUUUGUUUAAAUUAAUUAAACAAUGGUUCAGGGCGCUUCACGCCAAUCUUCUUCAA